UUUUCCUUGGGUCAGUGGAGGGAUUCUCCUGACUAUUUUAAUUCAUUUUGAUAUUUCUCCUGGUUCAUUAUCAGCAGGGGUCUAUUGUAUACUGUGUUUCGCGAAAUUGAUGUUUGGUUUACAUUCAACAAGAAAACGUGUGAUUUGAUGGAUUUGGAACGCCGAUAAUUUGCCAAUCAAAGUGGGAGCUAACAGGUCACUGACAUCUUCAUGCAAAUGGGUUGAGGAUAUUGUCAAAGGCCAAUGUCUGUUGUGAUGCAUGGAAGAAGCAGCAGCAGUGUUUUGUGUUGAACUUUGUCACAUCACCGGGUCAUAAUGUCAGGUGAAAGUACGACGGAAAACAUUCCUCUUCAGCCGAGUACAUUAUCAAAAGUGUUAUCAGAGGAACUGUCCCUAGACUCUUACUUAGAUGCACAGACUAUAGAAAAAGAUGUGCAGCUGGACGAGGACACCAGUGAACUAACCAAUCUAGAAAAACUGCCCGACGUUGUUGAUGAUGCUAUAACAGCAGCUGUGGAGGCAGCUGAGAAUGUGUGCAGGCUGCUGAAAUUGAUGAAGUAGAAAGUAUAAACUUGCAAGAGUCGGAUCUGAAUCUCCCAGAUGAAGAACCUUUGAAUAUACCAGAGGAUGAGUUAGGAUUGCCUGAUGAUGAUGUUGACGAUGUUGAUGAUGAGGAGGAUGGAGGAAGUGAAGCAUCAGAUGAAGAAUCUGAAGAGGAGUCAGAUGAAGAGGAUGAAGAAGAAGAGGAGGAGGAGGAAGAAGAAGAAGAGGAAGAGGCUACUGAAAUAGAGCCUCCACCUGAUUUAACUAGCAUCAUUGAUGGUCCUGAGCCAGUUGCCAUGGAUACGGACCUGGCAGCAGCUCUUCCAGAUGAACUUAAGACUGUGCCGGAGGAGAGUGUCCCCAGCACCAGUCAAGUAAAGGAGAAGACCACAAAGAAGGGGAAAAAGAGGAAGAAGAAAAUGAAAGGAGAAAAGAAAGCUAAAAAGGCGAAAAGGAAGUCUGGAUUUAGGAGAAAAAAUAUCAGGUCCAUUAUCAAAGAAGAUGAGCUGGAUGCAGAGACCCUGGCUGCCCAGAACGAGGAGUUUGAGAGGAAGAAGCGUCUCCAGGAGAUCCAGAAGACCUUACUUGCCAAGGCCCAGGGUCAGAAGGCCGAGGAGAAGGAGAAAGACAAGGACUGCCAACUCAAGUCUUUACUACAAGCUGCAGAGGAGGAAGCCACCAAGAAUGACGAUGUUGUGAUCCUGGAUGAGGAAGACAAGAAGUCGGAGCCAGAGAAGGAGAAAGAUGUGAUCGACAUCAGCUCGGAUGAAGACUGCAUGGUUGUUGAGGACAAGGAGGAAGAGGGCGAGGCUGAGGAGGAGGACAUGAACAAUGGUGGAGGACACAUCGAUGACGAACUCAACCGUGCAGACGAACAGGGUCGUGUUCAGGUCAACAUUGGACAUCCCAGCACUGACCCUGACAUCUUCCUCUCACUGAAGAUUGCCAAAAACAUCAAGCCCCAUCAGAUCGGCGGUGUUCGGUUCCUGUACGACAAUCUGGUGGAGUCACUAGAUCGGUACAACAGCAGCAGUGGGUUCGGCUGCAUCCUUGCUCACAGCAUGGGGCUCGGCAAAACCAUCCAGAUGAUUGGAUUCAUUGACAUCUUCCUGCGCAACACCAGUGCUAAGACUGCCCUGUGCAUAGUGCCUAUCAACACUCUGCAGAACUGGAUGAGUGAGUUCAAUCACUGGGUCCCCAUAGAGCCGACGCCAGACUUCCCCGGUAUGGUGGCAAGACCGUACAAAGUCUACUUGAUGAAUGACAACUAUAAGACAAUGGUAGCAAGAGCUAAACUGCUUGGUGAGUGGUCUGAAACCGGGGGAGUGCUACUGAUGGGAUACGAGAUGUAUCGUCUCCUCUCCUCGAGGAGAUCCAUUCCCGCGAAACCAAAGAAAUCCAGGAAAACCACGAACUCCUCACAGUCACAAGAGCCAGAAGUGAUCGAUGUUGACGAGGAGGAUAAAAAUAAGUUAUUAAUGACAGAUAUGUUUUCGUCGCUGGUAAACCCAGGUCCCGAUACAGUGGUAUGUGAUGAAGGACAUCGGAUCAAGAACAGUCACACAGGAAUCUCUCACUCUCUAAAGAACAUCCGCACAAGACGGAGAGUGGUGUUGACGGGGUACCCGCUGCAGAACAAUCUGAUGGAAUACUGGUGCAUGGUGGACUUUGUCAGGCCUAACUUCCUGGGCACCAAGACCGAGUUCUCCAACAUGUUUGAGCGGCCGAUUAUGAAUGGCCAGUGUUCCGACAGUACACUGAGUGACAUCAAGCUGAUGAGGCAUCGAGCUUAUGUGCUGCACAGCUUGCUGGGGGGAUUUGUACAGAGGCGUGGACACACAGUAUUACAGCACGCACUGCCGCCAAAGUAUGAACAUGUGUUCCUCAUCAAAAUGUCUCCCUUACAACGUAAGCUUUACAACGAGUUCAUGAACACCAUCCAGGACUCAAGUGGUGAUGGCCCCUUCGCCACCAUGAACGCUCUCAAGGCCUUCGCCGUCUGCUGUAAGAUCUGGAAUCACCCGGACAUUCUCUACAAGCUGGUUAGUCAUCAGAAGAACGAAGCUGCUCCAGAGAGUGACCUUGACAUUGACCCAGAUGGAGGAGGGGAAAAGAAGAAGGCCAAUCAAAGAGCAUCCGAUUCUGAAAAGAAUGUCAUCAGCUAUGAUUGGGCCCAUGACUUGAUGAAGGAUUACAGGCCAGGAUUGAUCGAGAAUGGAGGCAAGAUGGCCAUCCUGUUCUCCAUGAUUGAGCAGACACUUGCAAUGGGGGAAAAGAUACUGAUCUUCAGUCAGAGUCUGUUCACGCUGAACCUGAUCGAGGACCUGUUGUCCCAGGUGGAUGUGCCACACCCUGACAUGCAGGAAAAGUGGGCCCGGAACAAGUCCUACUUCCGUUUGGACGGGAGUACGCCGGGUACGGAGAGAGAGAAGCUGAUCAACCAGUUCAACGACCCCGAGAACAAACGAUGCUGGGUGUUCCUCCUCUCUACAAGGGCUGGUUGCUUGGGGAUUAAUUUAAUUGGUGCCAACCGAGUUGUGGUGUUAGAUGCGUCUUGGAACCCAUGCCAUGAUUGUCAGGCGGUGUGUCGAGUCUAUCGGUUUGGUCAGGACAAGAACUCGUAUAUCUACCGGCUGGUAACAGACAACAGUCUAGAAAAGAAGAUCUACGACAGACAGGUCACAAAACAGGGCAUUUCAGAUCGUGUUGUGGAUGAGAUGAACCCAGAGAACCACUUCACACACAGCCAGGUUGGGAACCUCCUGCACUAUCAGGACAAGGAGUUACCCAAUGUAGACUUCAGCAAGGCUAAGGAGACAUACAAGGACACUGUGAUAGGAAAAGUGUUGGCUAAUCAUGGCCACUGGGUGUCCAAGGAACCAUUCUCUCAUGAGUCACUGCUGAUUGACAAGAAGGAGUUGCGGUUGACGAAGAGGGAGAAGCAGAUGGCGAAGGAGGCAUACGCUCGAGACAAGAAGAUGAACAUCUCCUACACACGACCAUCAUAUGCAGCAUUCUACCCUCAUGGUCCCUCAAACACACCCAUGUCAUCGAUCGUAUAUAUACGACGUGUGGGGCCGUCCCGCCCAGUUGCCAGUGUGAAGCCGAUGAUCUCAACUCCAGUACCGAUGAGGUUGAAGGCAGAUGGCAAAGCGCCGAUUGGCACCAUCGUGCGGCCAGGGGUCACUGUUCACCAGGUCAUCACCACGACAGAUAUUGUGUUGCCUGGCAACAACACAAACACACAAGCUGGUAUGCCUAGGAGGAUCCCAGCAGGUCAGCAAGUGCUUGUUAUAAAGACGUUGAAGGGUGUAUACAUUAGAACCAGUGAUGGCAAGCUGUUCGCAGUGCGCUCCAAGACUCCAGGCAAUUUAACAGGAGGCAGUAGCGUAACUGGCGUCGCAACUACCACGACAACAGGUGUCAUUACCCUUACCACUUCCAAAUCCACAGGUUCUCUAGGAGGAAAGGCAAAGUCAACAUGCACUACAAUUGUCAUUCCAAAAACCAAGAACCUCAAUUCAAACACUCCUGCAAGUAUCAAAAUAGUGCGCCCCAACAUCUCCCUCAAGUCCGGAACGCCCCCAACCAGUGUGAUCAUGCCCCGCGGUCAUGCUGCAGGGGCUAGUGGCCAGGGGACAUCAAUGCUGGCGUCCAUCUACUCUCAGACUCAGGCCGUCAACAAGAUUCUCAACAAGUCCCAGCAACCUGGGAGUUCCAAGUCAGAACCUUCAUCAGGACCCGACAGGUCCAGCUUGAGUGAGAUUGGAGACUCUAGUCGAGAUAUGUCAGCCUCGAGUUCUCCUGGACAAACAUCAGACUCUCAGCCUAUGUCCGGGAGUUCCUCACCUGCAGGAAGCAGCGACAAGGACUUGAGACUCCCGGAAUUUGGUGUGUUAGGUGUCCAGAACUCUGGUAGGUGGAGCAAGGCCGGCACAGUGGUGCAGUCAUCACCAUCUUCUUCCAACUCAUCAGCUGUUGUAUCAAUGUCAUCUAUCGCUUCUCAGUCUGGUAGCUCUACUACAGCACUCUCCCCAGCCUCUGGCCAGCCCUCCAAGCCCAGUCCAUCUGCCACAUCCUCGGUACUACCUGUUGACCAGCCCGUUACCAAGACUACUGGGUCAGCUGCUCCCUCACCACCUACCCUCAGCCAGCCUGCACAGAACCCACCCUCCAUCAAACCUAGUGCUCCUCCAGUUCAUCCUUCAGUCUCUACACCGUCUGCCCCUACUCACCCUGUUCCUCCUCAACCUGUUCAAACACAAGCUGCUGCUGCUGCUCCUGCUCCACAACCUCCCCACUCUACUCAAACUUCUUCACCCCCAAGUACACUCCUAGACUUAGACUCCCUGAAACCCUCAUCCACCCCGAUCACCCAGCCCCACCCCUCGCAGCCUGGACCCCAGCCCCAGUCAUCACCCUAUCCCCAGCAUCAGCCUACACUCCCCCGCCCCUCUAUGAUGUCAAACAACUCACAGUCUUCCAACUUCUCCAUGUCCAACCUAGCAAGCCCAUCAUCCCACCAAAUGCACUCGCAAUACGGCGGCCAGAGCAAUAUGACAGAGCCCUCACGUCCAGAACAGUCACAGAUGCACUCACAGUCCACCAUGCAGACUCACAAUCAGGCACAGAAUCAAUCUUCAAAUCAAUAUGCCCAAUCACAGCCCUCAACACAUCCUCAGUACACGUCUCAGGUCCAGCCACAGAGCCAAUCACAGUCCUCCAGACAGAACCCUAUGGCCCAGUCACAGUACCCGACACCGACCCCUCAGUCUCACUCCUCCCAGCCGUCGGUGCCGUCAGGGUCCAUGUUUGGUAACCCACUGGCCCACCUGACUGCCCAGUUCGGGUCAAACCAGCAAGCGAGCGGGGUAUCUAUGUCACCCUACCUACCCAAGCCAGUGUACCCAGGCCACUCCACCACCUCACAAGAGUCCUCCUCACAGCUACCAAGCACUGAUGACACCAGUAUGCAGCAGAGUCAGAGAGGCUAUGGGGAGGCUGACAACUCCAUGAACUACAACCUCAAUAACAACAGCAACAACAAUCUAGGCUUUGGUGGCUCCAACAACUACUACAACAUGGGAGCUGGCAUGUCGCAUCAGUUGUCAGGGUCGUCAGGGGGAGGUAACCAACAGAUGAUGCACAAUCCCUACUUCCCUGGCGGAGGGAUCAGCUCUUACCCUUACCCAUCCCACAUGUCGAUGCUGGGACAGGGUCCAGGGAUGGGCUACGGCAUGCCAUUUGGUAUGCAGAACCCAAUGUCCAACCCCAUGGCGAGCUCCAUGCCAAUGAUGGGUGGUGGGCACGGGAUGAUGGGAGGUGGGAUGGGACAGUCACAGCAGCAGACUCCAACAGCAUCAACACCUGCCUCAACAACUGACAACAGCCUCAACUCCACUCAAGCUCCCCCCCACAACCUCUAGCAACCAAUCCAAUGUUCCUCAGAUGCCAAUGCCGUUCCACCCGGGAAUGUACGGCAUGGCUCCAAACCCUCUGCCCUACCCCGGAAUGCAGUCAUUCAUGAACUCUCCUUCAAUGUACAUGCCGUACGGCAUGCCAACGAUGAUGCCCUUCGGCCCCAUGAGUGGAAUGGGCAACCCCAUGCAGUCACAGUCUAGUCAGAUGGCCAACUAUGGCCAGAACUCUUACGGACAGUCCAUGUCUCAGGAUGGGGGUGGUCAGGGUCAGAGUCAACCAGAUGGCAACAAGUAAUUGUGCAGGCACAGGAUUCAGUGAAGACAGCAGGAUUGGGAUUCACCACAAAUGUUGUGUGUUGUAAUAGCGGUCUCGCGGAGGACAAGUGUUUGUUUGAUCUGUGACCUUCUGGAAUACACUAACCAAAUUCUGUGAUGUCAUUCAUCCUGGAGGUCGUAUGGGAUGCGGAGAAACUGUGUAGGCAGUAUGUGAAGAUGCAGACAAUUCACUAAAACCUGUAUUCAUCAUUGUGGUGAACAGAAAUAAGGUUCUUCAUGUUGAUGUAUUGGCCAUGAGCACAGACCAGCUGCAGUUUAUGGAUCCAUGACAUGCAGGAAUCAUUGGAGGAAUAUGGAGUUACUGGCACUGGGUGAAGGUCAGUGGACCGAGGUGAAGGCCAAUGGACCUAGGUGAAGGUCAUUGCUCCUGGCUUUGUGUCAUAUAAAACCGAUGCCAUCUGGACAACAGCAGUAAAGAUGGUAACGGUUGUGUGCGAAGAAUAUCAGAAGUGUUAGUGAUAGCAUCUCAUAGCAAAGGACGUGGACAAACUGCCAUGGUUACCUGAUGGUAACUGCUGCUGUUACUAUGGUUACAACAUGUAAUGUCACCCUAUCAUGCUACCAUGGUAACAUUACAUUAUUUCCUCAGAGACAUCUCUUCAACACAACAAAUCACAGGGUUGGAGUUUAAGGGGCUUGUGUAAAUGAAUGACCCCCAUAUGGACAUCAACACAUUCAGGGUUAACUGCACAAAAACGUUCCGUACACAAAGAAAGGUCUGAAUAUGCUUCAUCAGCAGAUCCUGUAACAGAUAAAGACAGAAGACAAGACUCCGAAGAAGCACAAGAGUUGCCAUGGUUUAAACAGACCAAGUGAUCUCAUGAACGGGCUGACAUUAAGUGAUUUCGCACACUGUUUACAAAGGGUAUCACAUAGUCAUACAUAGUCAGUUACAAAGUGGUUUGGCAGAGGGAGAUGCAGGGCCAAGACCAGUUUGAUGCUGGCCAUUAUAUGGUCAUAUUAACCAUUAUUUCAUAGUCUCACCUGACAGACUGUGUGAAAAAUGUGCUGAAAAUUUGAAAAAACUUGAAAUUUCAAUACUAAAUAUCUUCAAUAUUACCCUCAAAAUUACUUUGCGCAAACAGUCUGAAUAUUUCCAACCACAUCAUGAAAAUAUGUCUGUAUCAAAUUAUGAUGCGUUGUUGGUUAGCGGUACUUCUCUUGUAAUUAUUUAUCAGAAAUAAGAUGGCCUAGAGAUACUUAUUACACCAAGCACAAGAAUUAUGGAUUGGUUGAAAUAUCCUUGACAAUUUUAAUGUAGGUGUCUCCAGCUGAGUGAUGGUUGUCCGUCAUGGAGGCAGGGAACAUGUGUUGUCCUGGAUACGGCUGUGUUCCUAUGAAGACCCUGCUUCAUUGCAGUUGUUACCAUGGUUACUGUGUGUAGAUACAUUUUGUUCCACCUGCAUGUACCAUGUAUUUAUUCACACUGUUUCAGUUACACAAUCGAUUUGUGUCAUUUAUGUAGUGGCAUUUUAGACAUAUCAUUUGUGGAUUUCUAUUUAAUGUAUUUUCUGACAGGAGAGAUUUUCUUAGCUCCCUGGCAGCUCUUAACCAUGGUUAUAUGGCCACCAUUUUAGUCAUUUGUUGAAAUGUUUUCAUUGUUGCACAUACUGAUGUAAAUUCCCAAAUCUUAACAUAUUGUCAACCCUUUCUGGCUAAUUACUGUGUAAACUGUCUUCGGCCCCGUUGCACAAAGCUGUCUUAGUGCUAAGGUGAUCGUAACUCCUAUAGUCAACAUGAUUUUUACGAAAGUCGUAGUAGAAAGAGUGCUUUGUGGAACCGGGCCUGUUUCACAAAGGGAUAUAGAGCUAAGGUGAUCGUAACUCCCAAACUUUAACAUAGACUUACGACAGUCAUAGCACUAUGAUCGCUUUGUGAAACUGGACCCUGGACCCUGUUAGUCAUAGGAUGGUGUUAUGUCUCAUACUUGGCUAACAAAUAGGAGAUUAGGUGGUCAAAAUGGCUGCUGGCUCAGUAAAGUGCUGCUUUUCAUGAACAAGUGAGUGCUUGUAGUGUUGACUACAGAUAUGGAGGCCCAGCUUUGAUUUACCUUGAUAUAGCUUCUUUAUCGCUGAAUAUAGCAUGUCACAACAUUCAUUCACUCACUCACUCGGACGCCCUUUCAUUCAGUGCAGUCAAGGUCAUGGUCACAAAAACUGUCCUUUUUGACAUUCAUCUUCGUGAUUGUAGGUAGAUAGCUUCACCAGUGUGUAAUGGUUUUAAUUCUGAACAAAGUCCAUAUCUGUCAGGGACUGUUCUUUCAGUAAAUAUUUCAUCUACUUGUCACUGUGUGGUUUGUUGAUUAUUAGUUGUGGAUGUUUAGCGAAAGACACAUCAUGUUUGUUUUUGUCUUGGCAAUAUGAUUCAUUUGCCAUUGUGUAUGUCAACUGUCAGUUCCAUUCUUAUGAUAUCAGUGUUUCUUGGAACAAGAUCUAGUUUUCAGGAUGAGUGCUUAUCCAAGAAACUGACAGAUAUUGUGCUAAAAUGUUUUCAUCUGCAGUCUAUGAAUGUUAGGUUUUCUUCUAGGUAUUGACCAAUUAUCUUGUCACCUUGACAUGUAUCUUGUCAUUUUGACCUGUAUUGUCACAUUGAACUGGUAGCUUGUCACUGUGACCUGCAUUGUGUCACUCUGACAUAGGUCUUGUCACCUUGACCUGUAUUGUGUCACCUUGACCUCUAUCUGGUCACCUUGACCUCUAUCAUGUUACCUUGACCAGGAUACUUGUGUACCUUCAGUGACUGAGAUUGUGUUGGAGCAUCUCCUUCCCAUCAGUCACUUGAUAUGUUCUUAUGCUCAGGGAUUUGAAGAUUUAUGUAAAUUAUGAAAUUUAAUAGGAGCCAUGUUAAUCAGCAAUCUGUCAUGUCAGUGUGUAACCCCGAAGUGUCAAGUGUGUAAUGUAAAAUGCAAAUCAUAAAUACGACUGGCAUCAAGAUCUAGUAAAACAACACUGCAUAUGACUGUCAGAAUGUUAGUUCCCUCUAGAACUCUAAAGCCGUUUACCUUUCAGAUACUUGUGAAAAUAUUCAGUCUUAUAAAUUAGUCUCUUUGAAAAAUAAUAGAAGCACCGAAACUUGCAAUUUUAAAAUGAUUUAAGGCAGUUAUGAGUAUAUAUUUAUUAUUGAAGGAUGCCCUGUCAUCUUACUGAGAUUUGUUUGUGUUGUGAGGAUCUGUGUUUACUGGCGCGUGUAUAUAGACAGUAUUAAUCUAUGACCAGGUCGAAAUAGUGUUAUGAAGCCAAGCAAACUGGAAUAUCAAAUGUAGCAUAGGCAGGUUGAAUCCUGCAUGAAUCUCUGGAUGUAUGGGAGAGUUUAGAGGUCUGAUCAUGUAUUGCUAUUACUUCAAAAUGUAUUAGUUCAUCAGGUCAAAAAGGGCAUUGUUGAGUGGCUAAUUUUACACAGACUAAAAAGCCUACCAUUGAAUUAGUUUUGAAAUCAGUGUUUUUCAACAAUCCACAAAAUGACUGAUGCAAGUGAGACUAAACUAGUGUGGUCAGGGGGUCAUUGGGUUCUGUCGGAAUCAUUUGACUUCCACCUAUAUGAAAUAUUUACGUUAUUGUUUGGGGAAAUGGUCAUUAAAUGCUACUCCCCAAUCACUGGACAUAAGUUGAAUAAUCUCUUGAAGGAUUUGUUCAUGCCUGCUUCAGCGCUUAUGGAUUGUAAUUUGAAUUCAGGGCUUGAUUGAAGGAAAUGAAACCAACUUGCAUUCGGUGCAACCUUAGGUAUUAUCCUUGUUGCACCAGACAAAAAGAGGUUGCACCUGUAGUUAAUAUGAAAUUAUAUACAAUGCUUGAGUUUUGGUAUUGAUAACAUUACUACACUGGUUCAGAUAACAUUUUAUCAUGCUUCACAAAAUGUCAACAAUGCUCCAUGCCAGUUUCUCAUCAUUCUGUUUUCCAGCUGAAGUCUCUGUACUUUGAGCAGGAAAGUAUUAGCAUGCACUUGGUGCAAGUUGGUAUAUUAUAUAUGAGGUUACAUUUUCUAGUUUCAGGCUGCUCCAGUGUUUAAAUCGAGCCCUGUAAUUCCUGAAUGAGAUCUUAAGAAAGCCUGGCGGUCAGUGCUUUUCAUGGUUCGGAUCAGUAACUGUAGUAGCAUUGGUGAUAUCUGUGUAUAGUUCUACACAAUCAUAUGGUAACCAUGCAGGAUAUUGUUGCUGUCAAGGAUAUUCAGACCCUUAAAAAUAUGUUUACUUUGAAGGUCAAGGACAAUGUCUGUCCUCAAUGGUAAUGGCAGUUUCAUUUCUUUGGGACUAUUAGUGUUUCAUUAUUGUGUUAAAAAUUAUACUCAGAAUGUAUCUAUAUCGUAAGAAUACAUUAAUUGUAAGGUCAUAUUUUAUUUGUCCUAAUUCAUUUAAGAUCAUGUAAAACGCAAAUUUAAGCAGUCUUUGCCCCUUAUGUUAUGGAUCCCAAAAUUACCUUAAGAGUCACAAUUGAGCUCAAUACUCCAAGGUUUGGUUCCAAUUCUCAAAAAGAUUGUAGUCCUGCCGGUUAUUAUGGGCUCAGAAAUAGUGCAAGAUUCAUCAAGGUUCUCAACACUUGAAUAGGAAACUAAGAAAAUGUAGUUCGGGUAAGCAUCAUCAGCGUUACGUUCUAACAGAGGGGCACAGGUUGCCCGUUUGUCCGAAGCUGAUACCUUUCCUGUGACAGAAUCACAGCAGUCAAUUGGCAAAUAUUGUUUAGUCUAAAUUUGUCCCAGCCAAACCUCAUUAGGGUUGGCAAGCUUGACCACCUGGUAUGGAUUAUUUAACUAUAUAGGAUUUUUUGUCGCAGAUUUCUGAUAAUUGAAUAGAUAUUUCUUCUGAGCUUAAAGAAUGACGGGUGCUAGGUAGUAGACCUGUUCGAAACAUGUAACUUGUGGGACUUUUGCAGUGUUUGUAAGCUGAAACCUUUACCGAAGAGUUGAAUGUGAAGAGAAUGUAUUCCGAUUGAUUUCUGGCAUCUAGAAUGUACGUAGACACGCGAGGAUUGGGAAGGGAUUGGCACAUUAUGCAGAAAUCAUUGUCAGGAGGUUCAGCCUUAUCUGGUUGCUUUCCAUUAGCGAAACAGGACCGUGUUAUCUCCUUGAUAGACAUGUCCUUAUACAGUGCAAUAUUACUUGAUGUCACACUAGUUCUAUACACCAAACUGAAAUGUGAAAAGCUUAGCUACAAGUGUAAAUGUUUAUUUGACAUGGAUGUUUCUGGGAUAACCUAUAAAACUUUCUGGUAACUACUGCAAACUUAGAUGCAUAAUUCUUUCAAAAAUCGGGUUAUUAAAUUGGUUACGUCAUAGUUUGCGACAUCAUGCAAAGCUACUUUAGUAGACUAGAUAAUCAAAUAUACAUGGCUAUAAAGUGUUGUCAUCGUGUCAAAUCAACGGUCUGAGAAUGUACAGUAUGUAUAAAUAUUGUUGUGUUUAAAUGUGCCAUUUUCAUACUCUAAAUAAAUAUUGUUAUAUCACCAAGA